CCUAACCCUGCGGCUACGUCGCCUCAAACCCCUCCCAUUGGCGGAACGUAUACAUUCCUUUUGUCCAAGAUGGCGGAGUUGAAACAGGUUCACUGAUUCUAAAUAUGUUUUUAAACGCGUUUAUCCUUUUUUAAAAUUUUAUAUCGGAAUACAUGCAAAGUCUUUAACGUCGCGAACAUUAGUUACAAGUUAUUAACGUCCGUUUAUGUGUAACGUCUCCCAAAAGUGAGGAAUUUGCUUACAGAUCGAUUUUUUUUUUCUGCAGACACUGGCUGGCUAGUUAGCAACAAAAAAAGUUUGGCCAUCGUUUGAAAAUGAAGCGACAGGCCGGGAGGGACUCGAGUCCUAAUAGGACUUUAGCGAAACGAAUACGGGAAAGAGAGCGGGACCGGGACGGGGCACGGAGAGAGGACCUGCCGCUCCCACCACUUGCUUUGCUGCUCGCUGAAAGCGGGAGGCAACAUGCUCGGAGUAGGAGCAGGGAACGAGAAAAGACACGGCUUCGGGAGGAGCGUGGAGGCACCGGAGACCCCCUCCACCACCGACAACAACACCACGACCUCGAUCUCAUCGGCCGACCCUCUCUCCGGACUACAGCCGUCCUGCCUAAAGGCAAAGCGGCAGCCGAACUACUGGGCCUCCGGGGGGGAGCCGGUGGGACUCUGGAAUACAAAUCGUUGCUCAUUAGCAAUCUCGGCUCGGUGCUUCCUGACGAGCACGUUGAAGACGGACUGUUUCACGAGUUUAAAAAGUUUGGGGACGUUAGUGUGAAACUAUCUCACACUCCAGAACUAGGCCGAGUCGCCUACAUCAAUUUCCGGCACCCGGAGGACGCUAAAGAGGCCAGGCAUGCCAAAACCAGGCUAGUACUCUAUGACCGCCCUCUCAAAGUAGAGCCCAUGUACGUCCGGCGGCGCAGCUGCACGCCGCCGGAUAUGGGCUAUAUCCCUAUCCAUGGCGCCCCAUAUCCCUCUUAUAGACAGAGGUCCCUCUCCCCCUGCCCUGGAGUUAGUAGUAUCAGAGAUCUCCGACCACCAAGACAUUACCAUGUAGAGGGACUGAGCAGAGAGAGGGAGAGGAUCUUAGAUUACUAUGGGAUGUUAGAGGAGAGGGGAAGGCCUUACGGGCUGCCUGUACCUGAGCAUGAUGACAUAAAACCUGAGGACGACGCGAGGGCGUGCAGGAACCUGUUCAUCGGCAACCUGGAUCACAACGUCACAGAGGGCGAGCUGAGGAGAGGCUUCGAUAAGUACGGCAUCAUUGAAGAAGUUGUGAUUAAACGACCGGCGCGCGGUCAGGGUGGAGCCUACGCUUUCCUCAAGUUCCAGAACUUAGACAUGGCUCACCGGGCUAAGAUAACCAUGCAGGGUCGCGUCAUUGGCGGGAACCCAGUGAAGAUAGGCUACGGUAAGGCCAACCCAACCACCAGACUCUGGGUAGGCGGGCUGGGACCCAGCAAUUCCCUGGCAGCCCUGGCCAGAGAGUUUGACCGUUUUGGCAGCAUCCGGAACAUACACUAUGCGAAAGGGGAUAGUUUUGCCUACAUUCAGUAUGAGAGCCUAGAUGCCUCUCAGGCUGCAUGCACUCAGAUGAGAGGGUUCCCUCUAGGAGGCCCAGAGAGGAGGCUGAGGGUGGACUUUGCCAAGGCUGAGGAGCCCCUGCCUCGUAGUUACCCAACAGGAUACCAGCCCCCUGUGUCCCAGCCUGCCCACCUGGACCUGCUAAGGCAUCGCGACCGUAGCCUGGACAGAGAGCUACGCUCCCGGGACCGCUCGCCCCCCUCCCACGCCCUGUUCACCCAGCGGGAGAGAGAGAGAGCUAUGCUGGACAGGGGGGACAGAGAGUUCAUCUCUCCAACAAAUAGCCUCGAGCGCAGGGGGAGUGAAGCGUUUGGGGUGUCUCGUGGUGGCCGAGGGGACCGGGCAGCCCGGAGCCGAAGCAGAGAGCGCUGGCUGAAGGAGAGAGACGCAGAGCGGGCUGGGGCGGAGAGACGCAGACACAGGUCCCUUUCCCUUGAUGGACCCUCUCAGGAGAAGGAGAGAGGCAUGUCCAAGGUGAGAGGUGGAGCAGGGCCAGCUUCUCCAGAAGACAGCCCAGACAGAGCCAGGGUCCGGGCCCCGGACUCUACCACCGAGCCCAGGGGACAGAGCCCCGACAGCAGCCGCCACUCCAACGAGGACCGGGCCGGCCAGGACGGCCACGAGACAUCCUCCAGCCGGGACCGACACAAGAAGACUGGCGGGGACAGAGAGAAGGACCGUGACCGCAACCACCGUGCCAGCGACACAAACCACACCUCAGACACACUUAAGAAAGACCCCAGAACACCCAGUACGCUGUCAGAGUGUGCCACCACCCUCACCAAAGCCUGGCACGGUCACUUCACCCUAAAGAACUCCUGUUUCCCCACUAACAUGCACCUGUUAGAGGGAGGCUCCGGGUUCUUCCACUCUGUCAUGAAGGACCACCAGGCCAAGGGGAAACUGACCCAGCUGAAGAUCGCCCAGCGACUGAGGAUGGACAAGACCAGGUUGAACGAGGUCACCAGGAGGAUCAAGCAUGGUGGCUCCGAGGGCUACGCUGUUCUCCUGGCCCUCCAGGGCCCCAUCGACCGCGAGUCCCCUCCACCUGAACCAGGCCUACAGAUCAGACUCCUCCGUCACCUGGUCACCUACCUGAGGAACAAAGAGGCUGCAGGAGUGAUCAGUCUACCUGUAGGUGGGGCUAAGGAGGGAGGAAAGGGGGGCAUGCUGUACGCCUUCCCCCCAUGUGACUUCUCCCAGCAGUUCCUCCAGAGUGCACACAGGACUUUGGGGAAUCUGGAUGAAGAGCACCUGGUGGUUGUUAUUGUCAAUGACUCUGCCUAACUUAGACAGAAGACACCUCUUUGUGGUGUUGGCUGUCAAUGUUGUUAACACCCACGUUAACAGACAGCUGUCAGUAGGGCUGGGAAUUUCCAGGGACCUCAUCAUACUUAGGUGCCGAUACGAUUUGUAUUGUGAUUCUCACGAUUCUAUUUGUAUUGUGAUUCUCACGAUUCUAUUUGUAUUGUGAUUCUCACGAUUCUAUUUGUAUUGUGAUUCUCACGAUUCUAUUUGUUUUGUGAUUCUCACGAUUCUAUUUGUUUUGUGAUUCUCACGAUUCUAUUUGUUUUGUGAUUCUCACGAUUCUAUUUGUAUUGUGAUUCUCACAAUUCUAUUUGUAUUGUGAUUCUCACGAUUCUAUUUGUAUUGUGAUUCUCACGAUUCUAUUUGUACUGUGAUUCUCACGAUUCUAUUUGUUUUGUGAUUCUCACGAUUCUAUUUGUAUUGUGAUUCUCACGAUUCCAUUUGUAUUGUGAUUCUCACGAUUCUAUUUGUAUUGUGAUUCUCACGAUUCUAUUUGUAUUGUGAUUCUCACGAUUCCAUUUGUAUUGUGAUUCUCACGAUUCUAUUUGUAUUGUGAUUCUCACGAUUCCAUUUGUAUUGUGAUUCGAUACUGUGAUUUCAUUGCGAUUCGAUGUUCUAAACACCACAUGUCUGCUGCAGAGGGACAAGAGAGCGAGCCAGGAGAAAAUGAGUUUUGAUCAGUCUAUAAGUUAAAAGUGCUGAAAACAAAUUGACUCCCAAUUUUAAAAAGAAGAUGGACAACAACACUAUGAAGGAAAAAUACUGGACUUUUUUGUGCUGGUACAGCCAGCCAACUAGCGCAUUAAAUCAUAUUGGGAUAUUGUCAAACUGAUAUUGUCUCAACAUGUCGUCAAAUAAUAUCCCAAUAUGUAAAUUGUUUUAAACUAAGACACAACUGGUGUUUGAGAUUGUCAGUGUCUCUAUGGUGGUGUUAGAACCUGUCAGUGUCUCUAUGGUGGUGUUAGAACCUGUCAGUGUCUCUAUGGUGGUGUUAGAACCUGUCAGUGUCUCUGGUGGUGUUAGAACCUGUCAGUGUCUCUAUGGUGGUGUUGGAGACUGUCAGUGUCUCUAUGGUGGUGUUGGCGACUGUCAGUGUCUCUAUGGUGGUGUUGGAGACUGUCAGUGUCUCUAUGGUGGUGUUGGAGACUGUCAGUGUCUCUAUGGUGGUGUUGGAGAUGGCAGUGUCUCUAUGGUGGUGUUGGAGACUGUCAGUGUCUCUAUGGUGGUGUUGGAGACUGUCAGUGCCUCUAUGGUGGUGUUAGAACCUGUCAGUGUCUCUAUGGUGGUGUUAGAACCUGUCAGUGUCUCUGGUGGUGUUGGAGACUGUCAGUGUCUCUAUGGUGGUGUCAUGUCCUCUCUCCCCCCCCCACCACCACCACCACAUGGUGUGCCUGCCCCCUUCCAGACUGUCUGUGUCUGUAUAGGGGCCCACACAGUGAACACACUGAAGCCACCUUAGAGGACAUGAUAGUUUAGCCGUCUGUCGGUGUCGCUACCCCCCCCCCCCCCCCCCCCCCCCCCCCCGUGUACAAACAGAGACAGAGCUGUGUCUCUCCAAGCAUGGGAACUUCUGACUCUUGAGACAGACUUUAGGAGGUCUGGCCGACUCGUAGGACAGACAUGAUUUUGUACGUAGUCUGGUGCAUUAGUGAAACACUACUAGUGAGUAUGGGAUUGUUGUUCAUACAUACUGUUGUAUAUUUUUUUUAAUGGAAUUGACCAAGCAGUAUAUCUACAGGCUACUUCCACAGCGGUAGUAUAAUUCAUAGGAUGGUUUGCAUGUUGGACUUAUUUUUCUUUGUUUUUAUUGAACCAUUCCUGAAGUUCCAUGUUCGUUUUGUUUUUUGUUUUUGAGAAUGGUGUGCUCUAAUUGGCUGUUGCAUGCAGAAUGUUGUUUUUCUACAGAUUCUAUCCUGAAGUUCCAUGUUCUUUUUGAGAAUGGUGUGCUCUAAUUGGCUGUUGCAUGCAGAAUGUUGUUUUUCUACACAUUCUAUCCUGAAGUUCCAUGUUCUUUUUGAGAAUGGUGUGCUCUAAUUGGCUGUUGCAUACAGAAUGUGGUUUUUCUACAGAUUCUACCCUGCAGCAGUUCAACUUCAACUGUCGUUUACUUGUCAUUGAUUUGAAACUGUUGUUUUUAAAUACUGGUUCAGCUCACAGAUAUUAUUUCUGUAAUAGUUCUGUCUUUGAUCCUAGUGUGAUAUUGUGACGUUCGUGACUGGUAUGGUUUAGCCUUUUUUUUUUUUUGGUUUUAAUACACUAUCCACCUUACAAUGUACUGAAUCAGCCUAUAGCCUAUUUGCAUAUGAUUUUAACUCUAGGGUGAUUUGCUGUAAGGCAGAAUGGAUUGUAUCUACCUCUACAAUUAUUUCAGUAAAAUGUUUGUUUUUUUUGUAAAACAUUUUGUUAUCGGAAACAUUACAAUGCAAAUGAAACCCACCCCCUUGAUCUUUGUUGUAGUCAGGUUAUUAUUUUUUAAAUGUAUUAUGUCUCCCAGGAGUUUAUUUGAGCAGAAAGUGUCGCAAAAUUAAAAAUACAUUUUUUUAAUUUUACCAGUUGAGGUGUUUUUUAAUGUUUUGACUCACUGUUAUUUAUAUUACUGUGACCUUCAGAGAAAACACCAUUGCAAAGCCUGUCUGUUUCAAUGAUAAUUAUGGUCAUUUUAAUGUCGAUUUGUAGAAAGAGAACCAUCACCUAAAAUAAUGGAACAGGAAGUCGAAUGGUUUUAAGGAAAAUUGUAUUUUCGUUCCAUAUGGCACCCUAUGCCCUAUAUAGUGCACUACUUUAGACCAGACCCCUGUGACACCCUAUUCCCUACAUAGUGCACUACUUUAGACCAGAGCCCUAUAGAACCCUAUUCCCUAUAUAGUGCGCUACUUGUUUUGAGUAGAGCCCUGGUCAGAAGUAGUGUACUGUGUAGAUAGGGUGCUAUUUUUAGGAUGCAUACUUUGUCACUACAUGACUUGAGACUGGUGUUAGACUCUACUGCCGUGCGAAGUUUAAACUGGUGUUAAGACUCUACUGCCGUGCGAAGUUUAAACUGGUGUUAGACUCUACUGCCGUGUGAAGUUUAAACUGGUGUUAGACUCUACUGCCGUGUGAAGUUUAAACUGGUGUUAGACUCUACUGCCGUGUGAAGUUUAGACUGGUGUUAGACUCUACUGCCGUGUGAAGUUUAGACUGGUGUUAGACUACUGCCGUGUGACGUUUCUUUAAACCACCAAUAGAGAAUGAAAAGUUUGGCUUGUUUAUUAUUCUGUCAUAUGUGAUGCUAACCAAUCACAUCACAGUGAGGAGGGGAGGGAGUCUAUAUGACUGCAUCACAGUGAGGAGGGGUAGUAGUCUAUAUGACUGCAUCACAGUGAGGAGGGGUAGUAGUCUAUAUGACUGCAUCACAGUGAGGAGGGGUAGUAGUCUAUAUGACUGCAUCACAGUGAGGAGGGGUAGUAGUCUAUAUGACUGCAUCACAGUGAGGAGGGGUAGUAGUCUAUAUGACUGCAUCACAGUGAGGAGGGGUAGUAGUCUAUAUGACUGCAUCACAGUGAGGAGGGGUAGUAGUCUAUAUGACUGCAUCACAGUGAGGAGGGGUAGUAGUCUAUAUGACUGCAUCACAGUGAGGAGGGGUAGUAGUCUAUAUGACUGCAUCACAGUGAGGAGGGGUAGUAGUCUAUAUGACUGCAUCACAGUGAGGAGGGGUAGUAGUCUAUAUGACUGCAUCACAGUGAGGAGGGGUAGUAGUCUAUAUGACUGCAUCACAGUGAGGAGGGGUAGUAGUCUAUAUGACUGCAUCACAGUGAGGAGGGGUAGUAGUCUAUAUGACUGCAUCACAGUGAGGAGGGGUAGUAGUCUAUAUGAUAUAUAUAUAUGAUAUAUCCAUUUUGUUUCCUCUGUUUCAACACGUAUGAAAAUGAAAUUAAAUGUUUUAUUGCUCUUGUUAUAAAAAUAUAUUUUAUGUAUUUUUUAUUUAUUUGGAUAGUUUAAUUGUUGUAAAUUGUUGUAAAGGCCUUAAGAGUAAAAAAAAAAAAAUAGAGCAAGGUUUGUUCAUUAAUCUCACAGAAUCAAAACUAGUCUUAUGUCCUCCCGUCUUUUCUAAUGUAACGAGAGUUGUGAGUAGUAUAAGCGGGGAAAACUGUGGACUGCUUGCCUUUUACACAAGUCUGUUUGUGACACUAGGUGGCAGUGUUACCCAGGAAAUUCAACGUUGGGUAAUUUUACCCAGAGAGCCAAUUGAUUCCUCACUGGAGAAUAAAGUGUCAACUUCA